AUUGUUUAUUUAUUUUGUAACAAAAAUAAGUUCAAGUUAUUUCUAGAUAUCUUAACAUGGCAAUCCGACGUAGAGGAACAAAGCUUGGUAGAGGGAGAGGUCGAAAUCCACCAGAGCCUUCCCCAGGUGUCCGGAAUGACCACAACAAAAGGCAGAAGCUAGGGAUAGAUGAUGCAUCAAAGCAGAAGCAUAAUUACACUUCUGAUUUUGAAGAUACUAUUGAAUACUACCCAUCCAACGAUAUUGAAGAUGCAGGAGACAAUCAUCAAGCAGCUGUUACAAAUAAUGUGAAAAAAUGCAGAGGAGUCAGUUUUGGAAUUUCCAACAAUUUGAGGCAAUCAAGCGUAGGAAUCAGAAAUGGUCAAGGGAUAGGUCGUAGUGAUCUACCGGAGUCUUCUCAACCAUGUACUGGUUCAGCACUACCACCACCACAUAUGUCAUUUUCCGCAUCUGAUGCAAAUAAUGUGAAAAAAUGCAGAGGAGUCAGUUUUGGAAUUUCCAACAAUUUGAGGCAAUCAAGUGGAGGAAUUAGAAAUGGUCAAGGGAGAGGUUUUAGUGAUCCACCGGAGCCUUCUCAAUCAUGUACUAGUCCAGCACCACCACCACCACAUAUGUCAUUUUCCACAGUGCAAGGUGCAAAUGACGAAAUGCAAAAGCAUGGACCGCCUGGGGCUGAUGAAUGUUAUGCAUAUAAUGAUAGUGAAGAUGAAGGGAUGCAGUUUAUUUGGGAGAAACAAAAUCAACAAGAAACUAAUACAAACGAUUCAAGAAAAGGAACUGAUACAAAAAAUGAAACAAAAGGUACGGCAGGAAGUUUAAGCGUUUCUAACGAUGAGAAGAUGAACAGGGCUACUUUGGAUUCUUUCCCACGGUCCACAGAUCCACCAACUAACGACUCAACUUCAGUACCUUCAGCUGAAGGAUCUUAUGAUAGGAGAAAAUUUAUAUCUGUCGAGGCAGUCUCUAACCCGAGGAGGUUUGUUCCCCAUACUGUGACCCGUGAUAUUAUAACUAGGGUGAUCACGAGAAUGCCUACUCCAGCCGAGAAGUGGAAAGAUUAUCCCGGCGAAAUGAAAGCUGAGUUAUUUAAGGAAUUUAUGGGUAAAUAUAAGUUUACAUCAGAAAAUGAUUGUAAUAUGGCAAGAAGUGUAUGGGAAAGAACAUGCAUGGACCGCUACCCUGAUCAUUUAAAAAAUGCAAGAAAAAUGGCCUUACGAGAAGUGAACUCGGUGAAUUUGGUCGACACCAAGGGUCAUGCACCUAAAGGAAUGAAGGCAGAAGUAUGGGGUGGCUUGGUCGACAUUUGGUUGAAACCAGAGUGGAAGAAGAAGUCUGAUGCAAAUCGUUGUAAUAGAGCUGCCUUACCUGAUGCAGUGUUGCACACAGGAGGCUCUAUAAACUUUGGUGAACACAAAAUAAGGAUGGAGAAGGAGUUAAAUCAUCGAUAUUUAUCAUAUCAAUGA